AUGCCGCAACGGAGCUCCAAGGCCAGGUCAACGGCCACGCCGCAGUCGCCUGCACCGUCACCAUCAGCGCCGCAACCGCCCCAGCCCCAGACCGAGUACGAAGCGAUCGCGGAACAAUGGGCCAGAGCGAAACGGAUACAAGAAGCCAACGAUGCCGAGGCCGAGGCCCUUGGCCAGCCGAGCCGGCGAGAAGCUGCGCGAGCCCUUCAACGACGGCGGGAGCUGCUCAAUGAGCUGCGGCAAAAGUCGUACGAGAAACGGUGGUGGUGGACCGUUGCCUUUUGGAUGUGGCUGCUGAUGGUCCAUGCCGUUGGCAUUUGGCUGUUCACGAGUGGCUUUUUGUUGACUCGGCUGGUGCUGGAGGACAAGUCCAGUUGCACAAUACCGCCCAUCGAGAGCAAACUCGCUCCCUUGGAUAUCGGCCAGGGUUGUUGGCAUCCAAAGACGUUUGAUCGCGCCGUAGUGGUCGUCAUUGACGCUUUGCGCUACGACUUUACAGUUCCAGAGGAUCCCGCCAAGCAGCAGGAAUUUCACAAUGCGUUCCCGUUCCUGUACGAGACGGCCGUCAAGUCACCUCGCAAUGCCUUCCUGCGACCAUUCAUUGCCGAUCCCCCGACGACGACGCUGCAGCGACUGAAGGGGCUGACGACCGGCACCCUACCUACAUUCAUCGACGCAGGUAGCAAUUUUGCGGGAUCAGCCAUUGACGAGGACAAUAUUCUUAUGCAGCUCAAAAAUGCUGGAAAGAAGAUUGCGCAUUUGGGAGACGACACUUGGUGGGAUCUGUUUCCAGGGUACUUUGAACCGAACAUCAGCAAAGCCUACCCCAGCUUCAACGUCCCGGAUCUUCACACCGUUGACAAUGGAGUCAUUGGCAACAUUUUCCCCUUGAUGGAGCCUGACAAAAAGGGUCACUGGGACUUCCUCAUCGGGCACUGCCUGGGUGUUGACCACGCCGGUCAUCGCUUCGGUCCAAACCACAAGCAAAUGAACGACAAGUUGAGGCAGAUGGAUAGUUUUAUCCGUGACCUUGCUGCUCUCAUCGACCACGACACCUUGUUGGUGGUCAUGGGCGACCAUGGGAUGGAUGCGAAAGGUGACCACGGCGGCGAGAGCGACGAUGAAGUCGAGGCCGCGUUGUGGAUGUACUCAAAAGCACCCAUCUUUGGGCGAACCCUACCGGAACAUGCAACACCUCCUGCCACGGCCAAGAUUAGACCGGUCAACCAAAUUGAUUUGGUGCCGACGCUCUCCCUUCUGCUGGGGAUCCCCAUUCCUUACAAUAAUCUGGGCCGCCCUAUUGAAGAAGCCUUUGCUGGACCCAAGGGCAAUGACUGGGUCAAUCUCGCAGCCGUGUCUCGCAUGGCAUCUGCUGGGAUCGAGAGAUACCAAAAAUCGUAUUUCUCGGCUCGUGGAAUUUCGCUCAACACGGAGGCCGACUCCCCUGCUGCCCUCUGGACAGCAGCCACUUCGAUGCCUGCCGACUCACACCGAGAUACUUACAACGCCUUCACCAGGUUCCAGGGCGAGACGCUCAGCGUAUGCAAGGACCUGUGGGCUCGAUUUGACGUUCCUCGCAUGAUAUCCGGCGUCACCGUCGCGGCAAUCGGCGUUGUGCUUCUUGUUCUCUAUGCCUCGAGAACGGAGGAAGACGAAUUCGUCGUCAUGAACGACGUCGAACUAGACUUGGCCGAGGGGAAACUGGAAGCAAUGGACGUCAAAGGAGAAGCCGAACCUCAUGUUGACCAAUUCUAUCAUAAGAAUAUGCUUUGCGGCUUGUGGGAUACCCGGUUUCUGUUUAUUGUCGGCACCCUGAUCGCCGCUAGUGUCUACAGACAACAGGCUGUAGACCGCUCAGCCACUCUCGUUAUGAUUCUCAUGACGGCCGCAGUUGGCUCCUCGCUCCACGAGAGCGGAAAGACCAUCAUGAACCUGCUUCCCAAGACGUUGUGGGGCUGGCUCUCUGUGGUAUUUACUCUCAGCCACUCCGUUGGUUUCGCAUCCAACUCGUAUACCAUCUGGGAGGAUCAGAUCCUUCUCUUCUUUGUCGCCACUUUUGGUCUCACAUCGGCGGUUUGCGCGUUCCGCGUCGAGUCCAAAGUAGACCGCACCAUGGCUAUCUACCACUCGGCUGUAUUUAUCCUCCUCGGUCGGCUUGCGUCCUAUUCAAAACUCUGCCGCGAGGAGCAAAUGCCCUUCUGUGUGUCGACAUACUAUGCCUCAGGCACCUCGACAGUAUCACCCUGGCAGCUCAUCAUUCCUUUUGCUGUUUUCGUUGCACUCCCUUCAAUCAUCAAGUCUUUUCUCACGCCCACUAGGUCAUACGAAGGCCUGGCACCCGCGUGGAUCGGAUACGUGUUCCGUGUCGGGCUAUUCAUGUCUGCCAUUUACUGGACCAUUGACGCCGUGAAUAAUGGCCACUGGCUCGCCGGCAAGCUAUCCGAGGGAACACUCGAGAACGUCGGCGUUUAUCUGGCCCAGACGAUUCUCGCACUUGCCUUGGUCGCAGGCACAACAGCAUUCAUCUGGGCGCCGCCCAACGUCUCUAUUGUCUCGAAGGCGUCAAGAACAGGCCAAGCACGUGUCGCCAUCCUCGGAUACGGCAACGCGCUGGCCUCUCGCUAUCUUCUCCUGCCCAUCAACAUCCUUGCCGCUUGUCUUCUCCUAACCAAGCCCAUGGGGUCAGGCGCCCUCGCCCUCAUGAUGUGGCAGGUCCUCUCGCUCGCUGAAAUCAUCGAUCUCAACAAUCUUAAAAACGAGACCAUUGGUCCCGUCAUGCUCGCCAUACUCGGGAACUUUUACUACUUCAAAACCGGCCACCAAGCCGUUCUAUCCAGCAUCCAGUGGGACAGCGCUUUCAUCCCGCUCCUCACCAUCCGGUAUCCCUGGACUCCCAUCGUCGUCACGCUCAAUACAUUUGGCGGCCAGAUCCUCGCUGCCGUGUGCGUACCCCUCCUUGCCAUGUGGAAGGUCGGUCCCAAGCAGAAGGGCGUCUUGGAAACCGUAACCCGCAGCCUCGGUGUAUUCAUCGCGUAUUAUGCCGUCGAGGCAUUGACCACCAUGAGCUGGGCAGGUUGGUUGCGCAGACAUCUGAUGCUGUAUCGGGUCUUCUGCCCGCGGUACAUGAUGGCGGCGGUCCUGUUGGUGGUUCUCGAUCUGGUCGUCUUGUUGGUGACGCUACCCGGGCUGAGGAGCAACACGCUUUCCGUCAGUGAGGUAUUCGGCUGGACAGACUAG